AUGGUAACUACCCGAGCCACCGCUAACGCCCCCUUGCUCGCCGCUACCGUCGCCGCCGGCACCAAUUCUAUGGUGCAGACCAUGGAUGCACUCUCACCACCUACCACUGGGACCGGUGAGACGAAUUCCGACGACAUGGAGGUUGAAAUUCACGAUUUGACCUCUCCGGUGGCCGAAAUACGCGAUUUUGGCUUGAACUCGUUUUCGGCGACACGCGACGCCGCCUCCACCGAUCCUGCUUCGCCGCCUAUGGUGCGUGAGUAUGCCACCUCCCCGGGUCCCAUGGUACCUGUCGGUGUGCCAAACGGCACCUCAAACGACGCCACGGGUGCAAAGUUGGGUUCUUCGACGACGUUGAGCCACCACCCGGCCAUGGCUAGCCGGCCUGUAACCACCAUCGCGAGUGCUGCAACCGCUCUUGCGCCUAUGCUGCGUGACCGGUCAGCCUCACCACCAUCCACCGGGCCUACCAGAGUGGCCAGCGCCGUCAUGGACGUCGACGAUCACGAUUCGGGGUCGCCGGUGGCCGCCAACGACGAUUCUGGCCGUUUGGGCCUAUCCACCGCCAACACCGUCAGCCCUGGAGAUGCGCCAAGUGAUGUGAUGUCCCAAGCCACCUUACCUGCUCGUGUUGGUGACGCUGGAUCGUCUGAAAACGUCAACCAACGCUCGCUCCCUCGCACCCGUGGCUCUGCAGCUUCGGCUACGACUGUCGCCUCGCCGCCGUCGACCGAUCCAUGGACCGCCUUCGCUGCCAAGCGUGUCGAGGCGACCAAGGCGUCACGGGCGAAGGAUGUGGGCACGUACCGUCCAUCCAUGGCCGAUCUGGAGCCGCUCCUUGCCAAGCACGCUGCAGGCACUCUGUCCUUCCACGACACCUUACCCAUCCAGAAGCACGACAAGCGCGAGGUCGUCGGAUGGCUGCACAUGGCCACGGGCAACCACACCAAGGCCAUCAACGAGGAUGCCGCCAUGGCGUCGCUGCUGCACGACAAUCAGUCGUUGGUCAAGGGUGACACGCUCGUCGACGUCAUCAAGUGUGAGAAGGAUCCCCAAAACCACAUGUUGCGAUGGGGCAUUGCCAGCGAGACUGCUCUCAGACAACUUCAAGGUGCGAUGUUGAAGCUGCGUAUUACCACCACCAGCGGGAAGGUCAAGAGUACCACCUUCAUGACCUUCCAGCUAACCCUCCCCCACGCUCUCGAUGGAUUUUUUAUGGAUAUUCCCGCCGGGCUCCAUGGACUCCUCGAGGAGCGACUCCUCUUCGAAACCCUGCAUCGCCUCGAACCCCGGUUCUUGUGGGGAAUGUACACGAGUGUGUCCACCACGACUGGCAUGGCUGGGUCGCGUUACCGGCUCCACUUCCUGGGGUCCGAAAUUCCCUCGACCAUGCUCCUGGAUGGCCGCAUGGUCGAGGAAUUCAUUUUCCGUGGCCGAUGCCUGCGAGUCUACGGCCAAGGCUGGUUCUUCCGUGACAAGCGACUGGCUCGCCUGGACCUCGAUGCCGCCGCCGCCGCCAACAUCACUCCGGCUACUCCGUCAACCCCACCGGCACCCUCUACCACCUCACCACCAGCUAGCUCAGCUAAGCCGGCUAAACGUCAGAAGACUACCACCAAGGACUCCAACGAGUGGACUGACGUCCGCCGAAAGCAGCCAGCGGUGUCCACGGUGCCCCACGCUGUGCACACCCAUGGUCGGCCCUGGGCGUCACCAAAUGCGUUUGCCGCACUCCACGAGCGAUGGACCUUCGGACACGCGGUGCACCGGGCAACCCACAGUGGUGUCUCCUUCGAGACAAUCAUUCCAGAGCCCACUCCGCUCGCCUCUGCCCCUGUCCACUCCACUACUGGUGAGUAUGUGACGUGCCCAAAACCACUCAAGGGCAAGAUCUCGCAUGUCGAGGUGCCACUCGACGACCUCAUCGCGGAGCUCCAUUCUCUCGAGACAAAAUCCUCGGCUGCCGUCCUGAACCAUGCACCGGUCGUGGAAGCUGCCGUCGUUGGCAGCGACGUCAGCCUGGCUACGCUCGUGAACUCAGGUCGAGUGGACUCAAUCUGCACCUUCAUGGGACGGCACCCAGAGGACUUUGGGAUCCAGCUCCACCGCCUCUUUGCCGACGACCGUCCUACCUUCGAGCUGUUGAUUCGCCAGCGACUGCUGCAUCGAUGGCUCCGCGCUACCUGGGGAGGAUCAGCGUCCUUCGACCAGCUCUACACCAAGUCGUUCGGGCACAAAAUGACCCGGGACUCCGUGGUGGAGCUCUUCCGAGCUCUGCAGCACUCGGACACCCUCGAACCCAUCGUCACUGCGACCGAUGACGGUGACGAGUUGUCUCUCUCUCGCGUGGACCUGGAACUUGUGGUGGCCCUCGCCGAGGUGCUUGUAGCUGCACACAGCCCACUCUACUUCUCCUCCGACGCUGCCGUCGUGCUCACUACUGGGACUGCGACCGAGGCCAUCCCAACCCAUCGAGCUGUGGCGCAUCAUGGACACCAUGUUUGA